AUGAAACCAUCUAGUUCCAAUACUUAUAAUCCAAUCUCUCCCAUUGAACCCGAGAAUCCAGCCGUCAAUCAUGCCAUCAUUGUAAAAAGUAGUAAUACAAAGUCGCGUGUAGAGACACAAAUUAAAAUGACCCUUCAACUUGUCGGUAAUCAAUGGUCUUGGCUUCGAGUGCAUGAAUCUUUGCUCUCAAAGAAAAAAAUAAAUCGACAAAUCAAAGAAAAUGAAUUACAUUUAGAAGCGUUUGUGGUGGCGGAUAGUAACCCAAACCAAAAAGUCAGCAUGUGUCAAGGUUGUGUCAGAAGAGAGCGCAAAAGAGCACAGAGAAGAAAAAAACCUGUAGUAGAUGACCGACAAAGAAUCUUGUUGUUUAAUUGUGAUCCAUUGAUUGAUUUCUCUCACGGUGAAGCGGUAUUAUUAACUCGCAUUACUUGUUACUGUCGUCACCAUAACGAGCGCAUAGGGUUUCGUAUUCAGUUUAGAAUGAGGAAUGAUAAGGGCGUCGUAAUUGCAACAGGCGAGUCAUCUCCCAUCAUGGUCACAGAUGAUCAUAAGAGUUAUACCAGUCCCCCUGAAAAAAAAUACAGUGUCUUCCCUACCCCAUCCCAUGUAUCAUGCAGUGCUGUCGAAACUCAUCAAGCCAUAAUACACCGGCCACCUGUUAUCCACCUUCCAAUUUUAGAUUCAAUCACUCCUUGCCGAGGUUCUGGAUGGGGUGGUCAAAAAGUCACCAUUAUUGGUUUUGGAUUUCAUGGCUAUUUAGUUCCUAUGUUUAACAAACGAGAAGCUAUUGUACUUGGUUGGUCAUCCACUGAAAUGCAUUGUAUUUUACCGCCAGCGGAGCAAUCUGGACCAGUGAUUGUAUCUUUUAAGCAUCAAACAUUAAAUACAACACACCCAUUGUUUUAUUAUACCGAACAAGAGAAUACGAGUAUUCUUGAUCUUGCGAUGAAAAUAACAGGAAUUCAAAAUCAUAUUGCUAGUCAUUCGUUGGAGAUGGAUGUGAUUCAACUCCUUUCUGAAAGUCAGGCAUAUGUCUUGAAUGCAACAACAGAUGGUGGACAGACACUAUUGCAUUUGGCGAGCUAUUUCAAUUAUACACACUUGAUAAAGUUUUUAAUCGCAAGGGAUUUAAGCUUGGUGUAUUUGCAAGAUCAUAAUGGAUUAUCGGCACUUCAUUUUGGUUGUCUUAGGAAAUCCUCAGAAGCCAUGUGCACCUUGCUAAAAUGGGGUGCUUCUAUUGCAUUAAAGUCUGUCAUUGGUACUCCCAUGGAUAUUGUCUCUACUUUGUUGACGCGUGAUAUCACAAUAGAUAAAACAGAAAGUGAUUGGAUACCUAAUUUGUUCAUUAACAUGGCAACUGAAUAUUAUGAUUCUAAUAUGAGACUUAUGAAUCGAUGUUAA